GUUUGCCCGCAGAUAAGUGCUGUGCGUUUGCCCCGGGAGCCCACCAACCCCGAGAGGUUGAAAGGUUUUGGAUACGCCGAAUUUGAAGACAUAGACUCCUUGCUCCAGGCCCUGAGCCUCAAUGAAGAGUCUCUAGGGAACAGAAGAAUACGAGUGGAUGUUGCUGAUCAAGCUCAGGAUAGAGACCGGGACGAUCGCGGCUUCGGCAGGGAUCGGGAUCGCUUCCGUGACUCGGAGAGAUUCGAGAGCGACUGGAGGGCCCGGCCUGCCAACACCGAGAGCUUUGAUGAUUACCCUCCGCGCAGGGGCGAUGACAGCUUUGGGGACAGGUAUCGGGAUCGCUACGACGAUCGGUAUCGCAACGGCCCCCGGAGGGACAUGGACCGUGGCUUUGGGAGCAGGGAUCGUUACGACGACCGCAGUAGGGAUUAUGACCGAGGCUACGAUUCCAGGAUAGGCAGUGGCAGGAGGGCCUUUGGCAGCGGCUAUCGCCGGGAUGACGACUACCGAGGAGGCGGCGACCGCUACGAGGACCGCUACGAGCGGCGGGAUGACCGCAUGGACAGGUGGAAUUCCCGGGAUGAUUACGGCCGGGAUGAUUUCCGGCGCGACGACAGAGGUCCCACUCAGAGGCCGAAGCUGAACCUGAAGCCCAGGAGCGCGCCCAAGGAGGAGGAGGCCUCGGUGGCCCCCGCGGCCCAGUCCAGCCGCGCCGCCUCCAUCUUCGGAGGGGCCAAACCCGUGGACACGGCGGCCAGGGAUUUGCGGCUACAGAAGGACCAGGAGAAGCUGCAACGGCAGCUGGAGGACGACAAGAGGAUAGACAGACGGCCCCGGGAGAGGCAUCCCAGCUGGCGAAGCGAGGAGAACCACGAGCGCCCGGAGCGGUCGCGGACAGGGAGCGAGUCUUCCCAGACCGGCACCUCCGGUCCCCCCGGCACCUGUGCAGGAACCGGCCCUACGGGCAGAACCACACGAAGGAGAGAGAGCGAGAAAUCUUUGGAGAACGAAACCUUUGCUAAAGAAGACGAGGCCCCGUCUCCCACCUCCAAAUCCCGGGAGGAGAAGCAGCCUCUGAAGGUGAUGCCUGCCCCGCUGCCCAAGGAGAACGCCUGGGUGAAGCGGAGCAGUAACCCCCCGGGGCGCUCGCAGAGCUCGGAUUCGGAGCAACCCUCUCCUACAAGUUGCAGCCAGACAGCACCGAGCCCGCCCUUGGAAGAUGGGAUUCCUCCGAAGAACGCUCACAGGAAAGGAGAUGAGAACAAACCGGACGGCGGGAAGGAAGGUGGUUCGAAGGUCCGAAGUGGGAGCUCCAGCCGUGGUCCAGGAGAUUCAGAUAGGAAAGAAAGCAGAAAGGAUCACGAGCCACGACCUGCACCUGAGCCAAAGAAACUCGACGAGAACCCGGCCUCCCAGUUCAGCCACGCUAGCAAGUACGCUGCCCUGUCAGUCGACGGCGAAGACGAGGAAUACGCCGAAUAAAACCUCCCGGCCCUGCGCCGUCUCCUAGCCAGCUGCCACCCGGGAUCAUUUGGAGAGUCAAAACCAAACCUCUACCCAGACGAGACAGAAAUAAAGCCUAAAACUCA